CUGCUCUGUCCAUUUAAUUAGCAUUCUCUUAAAUUAACACUCGUGUGCUGAGCGUAACAGAUGCUAAAAAAGAUUUUUACAAAGAUCUGAAGAUUUCAAAUUCAAGAAUGGUGUACAAAGAAUUAUUUUUCUCAUUUUUAUGUUUAGUUAGUAUAGUGCAUAGUUCCAAUGGAGUGGAAAGAAGAAUUGAAGCGUUAGAUAAUAAGUUAUACGAAGAUGUGUUGGAUGCUGAGGAGUGCCAUCGCCAAAUACGUUACAUUAGAAGUAAUACGCUAUUGUUGCUGCAAUUCAUGGAUGCCGGGCUAAGGACUCCAAGAGGUGUUUUAACAGGCAACACAAUAGACAUGGGCAAUUACCACCAAUGUAUAGCAAUUAACCAUACUGUAGCAGAAGAUAAUAUGCAUAUUCAGGGCAAAUAUGCAUCUAUUUUUGUGCCAUUGAACCAGUCUUUCCACUGGCCUCGUCCACGAGAUACGGUAUCAACGCAAUUUGAUCCAACAACCCUAUAUUUGGACCCAGAACUUGCUGAGAAGAUAGAGGAAUAUAAUAUUAUGCGAAAGGAAUUACUUAUGUUUAGUGGAAUUUUUGAAAAAGAUGAUGGUUAUCAUCUACAGUAUGAAGACGAAAGGAGCGGACCAGCAAACCCAUUAAUUCGCAUGUCAUUUAGGCUAGCAUUGUGCACACCUAAACCCUGCACUAUAGAGCAAGCAAUAACCUCUUUCUUCUUCAAUGUCACCGCUAUAGGCUUUCGGUAUGAGGACGACUAUACUCGAAUUGCCAACGAUAAGCCUUGGUCAGGUGCUGACACUGCCGCUGUAGUCGUAUUUUCAGUGCUUGGAUUUCUUACUUUAAUUAGUACAAGUUACGAUCUUUGCUAUCGAUUCGUAUUCAAGAAAGAUCCAAAACAAAUGAGCACACUGGGCCGAUCAUUCUCAGUGUACACGAAUGGGCAAAGGUUAACGACCUUCAGCACUACAGCUGGGAGUAUGCAAUGUCUUGAUGGUAUCAGAACUUUGGCUAUGGUGUGGGUCGUGGUGGGUCAUUCCUACAGUACCGAACCGUUCCAAGCAAACCCCCUGGAUGCCACCAACUGGAUGUUCUCAGCCAGAGGUUUGUGGAUCACUGCAGCCACUAUGACGGUAGAUACAUUUUUCACAAUAGCUGGAAUACUUCUAGUCUACACCACUGUUAACAAGAUGAAUCAAGUGACAUUUCUGAAAAACCUCCACUGGUUCUACCUAAACCGCUUCAUCAGGCUGACCCCACUCCUGGCUGUGACUGCACUGCUAGCAGCUUCAUACUUCAAUAGAUACACGGACGGACCCUACUGGUUAACAGUGGCCUCAAUCACGAACACCUGUAGAAAAAACUGGUGGUCUACUCUUCUUCAUAUUCAAAAUUUAGUCAACGUGGAAGAAAUGUGUGUCCCUCACUCGUGGUAUGUGGCCAUAGACUUCCAACUCUACGUCUUAUCACCAUUGGUUCUCAUUUGGGUCUUAAGUGGCAAGAAAAUCUACUCUUGGAUUGGCUUAAUCGGUUCUUUUGCAGCAGUACUUGUGGCGUCGACAAUUUAUAAUUUCCACCACAAUUUGCCUGGACACAAUAUUGUUCCGACCCGUAUUGCUGAGAUGACAGAUUACAUGACAAAGUACUACUUCAACACGCUAUGUCGUGCUGGUCCGUUCUUUGUCGGCAUGAUCUUUGGAUACGUUUUGCAUCUUUACCGUAAAACCAGAAUCCAAAUACCAUGGAUCGUAGCCUUAUUCUUCUGGGCGUGCUCUGCUGGUAUUAUUGGAAGUAUCUUCUACUUCGUAUACAGAGUCAUGCAAUUUGAUUGGGACAACGAAUUUAUGGAAAAUUUUAUGAAUUCAUUCAUGAGGCCUGCUUAUGCAUGUGCUAUCUCCUGGUUGGUUAUCGCAUGUGUGCAUGGUUACGCUGGUCCUAUCAAUUGGUUCCUUUCUCUUGAAGCAUGGAGAUUACCAGCUCGUUUGUCGUAUGGAGUGUUUUUAUUCCACUACCCUCUCCAGUUCUCUUUGAAUGCCACUAUGGUCACCCCCAUCUAUUUCUCCGUCGGAGGCUUUGCAUUCAAAUUUUUGUCAUACUUGACAUAUUCAUUCAUAUGGUCUUUCGUGUUAACUCUUCUCGUGGACUCUCCAAUAACAGUUCUCUUUAAAAUGCUGAUGGAUUUGGGAAAGCCAAAUAAACCUGCUGCUGUAAAACCUAUUGAGGCAACUAAACAGGAUAAUGACGAGAAAAAUCCAAAGGUUAAUGGCAACCAGAGAUCCUUGAAGGAACUUGAAAUGAACAAAGAAGAUGAUGCACACACUGAAGUUACAAAAGAAGUAGAAGUAUUAAGUGCUGGUUUAAAUGAACCAUUAGAAAAAUCCAACGAGGAAGGAACAUCAAACGAUACUCAAAAUACUCCUGAAGCUUCAAGCAGUGAUAGCAACAAUACUGAGGCUAUUGUUAAUACGACAGAUGACAAUGAAACGAAAAAAGAAAUAGUUUAACUUGAAGUACCCAUGAAAAACAUUAAGUUUAACAUUUAGCUUAUCCACUCGUUCAUUCGUUCACAAAAUCAUUUUUAACCAAGACUGGCAUCAUUUGGACUGUCUCAUACAACCUAUAUCUCAUUAUGAUUACAUAUUCACCUUCGCCUACUCCUUAUUUAUUCUACAUCAAUUAAAUAAGUAGUUCAUAAACACAAUAGAUUAUAAAUUAUCGUCACUGA